AGUGUCGAACGCAGAAUUCCGAGCAUACGAACAGCAUCAUCCCAGUGGAAGGCAGGAUUGACAUUAAUUAGUUUCCUGCAGCUAAAACGCAAUGCAGCAACAACGUUGGCAGAGUCCACUGCAUACUUCGAGGCGCAGGUGGAACAGGACCAGAUGCAGUGGCAGGAGUGGCGUGAGCGGAAACGAGGGCGGCGGUGGUGGCAGGAGCCUCAGCAGCAGAACCUAUCACCUGCCAGCCUUGUUGAUUAUCCUGCUCGUCCUCAUCCAGAACUUUGAGCUUCACAUGUGCCGGCAAUUGAUGAGGCAGCCAAAUGACAAACGCUCCAAGGACAAGCUCUCCUUCCUGGGCAGCGCUGCAGCCUCUGCACAGGAGGCCCUGCCCGAGGCUGUGGCAGCAGAUGAUAAGCGAACUGCAGGAAGGUCAUCUCCCAGCCAGCCCGAGGAGAUAUUCAGUGCCCCAACCGACGAUAGCUACGACGAGUACCCGAUGGUUGUCCCAAAGCGAGCUGCUCUGCUCCUGGAUCGUCUGAUGGUCGCACUGCACCAUGCCCUCGAACAAGAACGCGUUGGACAUCGCAUCGGCGACUUUUAUGCGGACAAGAACAAUCUGAAUGCCAAGUUGAGUGAAUACAAAAAUGGAUUUGAGGAGCACCAGCCAGGCGAUGAUGGGAUCAAUCUGCAUAUGUAUAGCGAUGAUGAUCCGGGCGUAAUGUUGGAUUAUGAUUUCAAAGAUUUGAAUCAAAUCAAUCGCGCCACCGGCGAAACAUUAAUGGCAAAGAGCUUUCAGAGAAGAGCCGGUGCGGAGUCGGAGCGAACUGGAUCGCCCGCCGCUGCUGGUUCCGCCCCCACUGGUUCCCGUCGCAUCCAUCCAUCCAACACCCAUGGCUCUGGCGGUGGUCGCAUGUACUGGCGUUGCUAUUUCAAUGCCGUCAGCUGCUUCUAAAAUACCCAAACCAACCCAGUCCAUGCCUAUCUGGAGUGUAACGAACGCUACGAUCCAUCCCAAUUGAUCUCCAGAGAUGUGUUGUGUUUUAGAGACAGUUUCCGUUUCCCGGUUUGGUGGCUGCUGUGAGAGUUUUUCGCGCAAUUAACUGAAAGAAAAAACAAAAAAAAAAAAAACAAAAUACAUCCCAACACUCAAUCCAAGUUCUGUAAUUUGUAUCUAGUGGUAUCUGUAUCUUGUAUCUGUAUCUGUAACUGUAUAUCGGUGUAUCUGUAGCUCUGUCUAUCAAUGGAACUCACUGUGAAACUGCGUUAUAAAUAAACCACAAAUGAUAA